AUGGAUAAUGUUUUCCGGGAGAUCAAAAAUGGAAAUCUCAGUGGGGUGAAAAAAGCCGCCGAAGCAGGAACCUUACUCGGCGAGUAUUCGGCGGCUGGAUUAACACCUCUUGGAGCAGCGAUCCUCCAUAAGAGAGCUGAUAUUGUGAAAUGCCUACUUGAAGCAGGCGCCGACAUCCAGCUGGGGUACAAAUCAGAAAGCUGCCAGGACAAGGAUAAGCUCCAGCCCAACUGGCCUGAAGUAUCCCCUCCGAUCCACUGCGCGGCAGCCUCAGGCGCGGCAGACCUGGUUCGUAUACUGGUUGACCAUGGUGCUGAUGUGAACGACCCCAGCGGUCUUGACUACGGCGCGGAGAUUCUCCCCCUCUUCGCGGCUACGGGGCACGCAACCCAGGCGCUGAUUGAGCUCGGUGCGGAUGUGAGUCGGAUGAACGCUGUGAGGUUCACUCCGCUGGUGCACGCGAUAGCAAGGGAGGAUGUACACUCUGCCAGGCUACUCGUGGAGCACGGCGCCGAUGUGGAGAUCGAGCGAAUGGCAAAAUAUAGGAUCAGGAUUGCCUCCUCCGGUGAUGCCAAGGAUUCGGGCGAGCAGGUCGUUCAGGGCACUUCUUCGCCCUUGAUGGUGGCGGGUCAUCAGGGACGUCUCAGGCAUACGUCGGCCCAGAUGAUCGAGAUACUGGCCGCGGGUGGAGCGGACGUUAAUAGGCGGUACUUGAUCAAGAGCGCCGCAGGUGAUGUCAGUUUCGCUCUACUGUCACUGAUUUGUUGCUCUCGUGUCCCGAUCCCGAAAUUGAAGGGUCAAUAUGCUACGGAUCUUCUCUAUGGUGAGAAAGAAGUGGCAACGAUCAGGGCGCUCAUUGCGGCUGGUGCAGACGUCACGGACCCUCCAGUUCUUGGUUAUGUCUGUGAGGGAGAGAUGCCUUUCUCAGAUUUCAGGCCACGGCUCGAAGUACUCAAGUUGCUAAUUCAGCAUGGCGCGCUGGCCAAUUCCUCAGCGGGUAUUGCUGCUCAGACCGCACUGUUGAAGUCGUUUAGGAAAGAAGCGGAAGCCGAGCUCCAAUUCCAGGAUAUGGCACAGGCACUGGCAGAGGCGGGAGCCUACUGGGAUGUACCAGAAGACCUUGAUCAGGCUGUCAUGCCUAAGUACCUCAACAGGAGACUGCAUAACGGGUCCAAUUGA